CGCCGGAAGUGCGCGGAGAGGCGCGGCGUGACGUCGGCGGUGCCCAUGGCAGAGGGCAGCGGCCGGGGCGCCGGGGGGAAUGGCUUCGUCGGUGGUGCGCGCCACGGUGCGCGCCGUCAGCAAGCGGAAGAUCCAGGCUACGCGCGCCGCCCUCACCCUGACACCAUCAGCUGUCCAGAAGAUAAAACAGCUUCUUAGAGAUAAACCUGAGCAUGUAGGCGUGAAAGUAGGUGUUCGCACAAGAGGAUGCAAUGGACUUUCUUACACGUUAGAAUAUACAAAAUCUAAAGGAGACUCUGAUGAAGAAGUAGUUCAAGAUGGGGUUAGAGUGUUUAUUGAGAAGAAGGCACAGCUGACUCUUCUAGGAACUGAAAUGGACUAUGUAGAAGACAAACUGUCCAGUGAAUUUGUCUUCAAUAAUCCGAACAUCAAAGGAACAUGUGGCUGUGGAGAAAGCUUUAACAUCUGAAAUCUCAGGACUACUUCUUUGAACACCCCAAAACACUUACUGUUGUGGCUUUUGGAAACAAAUGCAUUUUCUUCAGGUUUGUAGCCUGCAUAAAAUGGGGAUAUUAUUAAGAAAAUAAAGUUAAAUAAUUUUGAAAAUGUAAAUUGUGUUAAAUUCCACCACUGAUAUAGUUAUGUUGUAACUUGUGAUGCCUUGUGUUCAAAAAGGUAAGAACAGUAAGUAGUGUGGUAAUGUCUCUGUACUUUCACAUGCCAAGGAAAUAAAAUCUCACUGUUCUUUUA